AUGCAUCUGAGCCUUAAUAUAUGGAAGAAUUGCUUGAAAACAUCAGAUGAUGCACCAAUUGCAGUUAUCCCCUCAUUAGAGGAAUGGUGUUCCUAUGGACAGUGUGAGGACAUGCCCACUGCAGAGGAAUGCAUGUGUUGUAAACAAUGUGAUUACACAGUAGGGAAUAUGGGGGAGCUCCAGUAUGACACUAGUACUGAUGAUAAAUCAGAUAGCACUAGUACUGAUGAUAAAUCAGAUGGCACUAGUACUGAUGAUAAAUCAGAUGACACUAGUACUGAUGAUAACUCAGAUGACACUAGUAUUGAUGAUAAAUCAGAUGACACUAGUACUGAUGAUAAUUCAGAUGACACUAGUACUGAUGAUAAAUCAGAUGACACUAGUACUGAUGAUAAAUCAGAUGACACUAGUAUUGAUGAUAAAUCAGAUGACACUAGUAUUGAUGAUAAAUCAGACGACACUAGUAUUGAUGAUAAAUCAGAUGACACUAGUACUGAUGAUAAAUCAGAUGGCACUAGUAUUGAUGAUAAAUCAGACGACACUAGUAUUGAUGAUAAAUCAGAUGACACUAAUGAUACCUCAGAUGACACUACUGGUGGUAACUAA